GAGGCAUUCACUUCUUUUUUCCAGGAAAAAGUACGGCAAUAGAACUUUCGCGAUGUCCGCCAACAAGGAGACUCCGACGGACGACGAUGUGGUGAACAUUUUUAGCAACCUGUCGGUGCUGCCGGAUAUCGAAAGACAUCUCCAGCUGCUGUAUCGACCCUUCACGUGCUUUGUGAACACGAAGUGCGUGUACGACCUCCACGCACUGUUCGAAGUGCUUGGGAACUCUCGGUACGAGCCGGAGAAGCACUCGGCCCUGUUCGUCCAACGGGUCUAUCCGGUGUGCAACCUGACGAUCUACGCCAAUGGGAACAUCUUCUGCAAGGCCUACAGCCGCGAUGGUGCACGAGAUGGCCUUUCGAAGUUCGAGGAAAUUCUGGAGCUGCUGGGCUACACUCCGGCGUUUUACAAUUUCCAGUACAACGUGGUGAACGCCACAUUCUGUGUGCCCUUUCCACUGGAUCUGGAGUGGCUGAAGUUGGAGUCCUAUUCCAACAUCAUAUCCGACAAGAGCCAGCCGUUCAUCUUCCACAUAAUGCCCAAGACCGGAAUCAAGUUCGCCAUCUUCCCCACGGGCUUUGUGUACGUCCUGGGCUGCCGGCAGCCCAACGAAACCAAUGAUGCCAUAGCCUUCAUCUUGCCCAUUCUGUAUCGCUUCAAGGCGGAGACUAAGCGGUCCCAGCAGGACCUGUCGCUGAGCCUCGGCGACAUCAGCUCCAGCCUCCACUGGGAGAGAGAGUUCCAAAAGGAGCAGGAUUUGGCAAUGACCUGGUAGUCCAAAUCUGCAACCCAGGUGUUGCCUCCUUCUGAGGCAUGAUUUCUGAAUGUAUAAACUUUUCAUGUACGAGCGUGUCCGUAAUAAAUGUCCGGCCGU